CACUCCACACACUGAAGGUGAAUCUGAAGGACAGACGAUCAGAUUCACCUUCAGACCAAACUAACAACUUCCUCUGAGUGAGUUCAACUAAAACUCCAACACUGCUGCUUCAACCUGCUGACACUCCACACACUGAAGCUUCACUCAGAGACUAAAUGGCUUCCAGAUCAGAGGAGGAUCUCUGCUGUCCGGUCUGUCAGGACGUCUUUAGAGAUCCUGUUGUUCUGUCAUGUAGCCACAGCUUCUGUAAAGACUGUCUGCAGAACUGGUGGAGACAGAGACAAGCACGUGAGUGUCCAGUUUGUAAGACAGUAUCUUCAACUGCAAAACCACCGUGUAACCUGGUGUUAAAGAACCUGUGUGAGGCCUUCUUAUUGGAGAGAGAUCAGAGAGCUUCAGAGGCUCUCUGCAGUCUGCACUCUGAGAAACUCAAACUCUUCUGUCUGGACCAUCAGCAGCCAGUGUGUGUCGUCUGCAGAGAUUCAGAAAAACACACCAAGCACAGAUUCAGACCCGUCGAUGAAGCUGCACGACAACACAAGAAGGAAGUUGAGGAAACUCUGGAGCCCUUAAAGGAGAAGUUAAAGGUUUGUGAACAAGUUAAAGUGAAGUGUGAACAAACAGCACAACACAUGAAGGUCCAGGCCCGACGCACAGAGAGGCAGAUUAAGGAGCAGUUUAAGAAGCUUCACCAGUUUCUAGAAGAGGAAGAGGAGGCCAGGAUGGCUGCACUGAGGGAGGAAGAGGAGCAGAAGAGUCAGAUGAUGAAGGAGAAGAUGGAGGCUCUGAGCAGAGAGAUAGCAGCUCUUUCAGACACAGUCAGAGCCACAGAGGACGAGCUGAGAGCUGAAGACGUCUCAUUCCUGCUCAACUACAAGGCUGCAGUGGACAGAGUCCAGCAGCGCCCCCUGCUGGAUGAUCCACAGCUGCUCUCAGGAGCUCUGAUAGACGAGGCCAAACACCUGGGCAACCUGACCUUCAACAUCUGGAACAAGAUGAAGGACAUGGUCUCCUACACUCCUCUGAUCCUGGAUCCAAACACUGCUCAUCCAGACCUCAUCCUGUCUGAAGAUCUGACCAGUGUGAGACCAGGACAGAGACAGCAGCUUCCUGAUAAUCCAGAGAGGUUGGAUUAUUACUGGUCUGUCCUGGGCUCUGAGGGCUUUAACUCAGGGACUCACAGCUGGGAUGUCGAGGUUGGAAACAGUACAGACUGGUCACUGGGUGUGUUAGUAGAGUCUGUCCAGAGGAAGGGACGCAUAAAGUCUGGAUUAUGGGUAAUAUGGUUCCAUGAAGGUAAAUACUCAGCACUGUCACCAUCAGCUUCACUCACUGGUCUCAAAGUGAAGAAGAAGCUCCAGAGGAUCAGAGUGAAUCUGGACUGGAACAGAGGAAAGCUGUCGUUCUCUGAUCCUGAUACUAACACACACAUACACACCUUCACACACACUUUCACUGAGAGGAUGUUUCCAUACAUUAACACUGCUGAUAAACUGAAGAUAUUACCACUGAAGGUCUGUGUGACAGUGAAACAGAGCAGUUAGACAUAAAGAGGAUGAUUAUAUUUAUGAUGUUUAUUUCUUAAAGAGAAAAGCAGCUGACUUUAACCUGUUAAGCUGCACCUGUCCUCCUGCUGAUAUUUUUUGUUUGUUUCACUUAUUUUUAUUUUAUCUUUGUUAUUUAGUUAAAUACCUUGCUUUAUGCUUUGAUUGUUGAACACUUAGUGACAUCUCUUUUGGCUUGUUUAGCCUUUUUUCAUAGAUACUGUUUCAUUUUAAACUUGUUCAUUUCUUGUUAUUCUGACUUGUGAAGACCAGAAAACACUUUAUAAAUAAAAGAACAAGUUCAUGCUUGAUGUAAUCAAGAAAAUAUGAUUUUGUCUUUAGAAGUAUUUUCAUUUAGUUUCCACCUGUUGAAUUCUGCUGUUUGUUAUUUUGUCAGAGAAGGAGCCGUUUUACUGAAGAAAUCACAUGUUGUAAGGUGGAGGUCUCAGUUUAUGCUCAGACUUAAUGUCAGGUUGGUGAUUUAAGAACAUUUAUAAAAACUGAUAUUAAUGCUGAAUGUACAUUUAUUUCUGUUUUUCAUCAACAUAAUAAAAUAUUAU